AUGGUUAGUUGUGCUGUUGGUGCAACGAUCGGAGAUGCCAUUGGAUCACCUUUCGAAAAUAAGAAACCAGAAGAAAUUCAACGAAUUUGGUCUAAAUCUAAUAAUACUAUUAAUGAUCACUUGUGUCAUUUAGGUUUAAUUUAUACUGAUGAUACCCAAAUGGCUAUUUCUAUUAUUGAAUCAUAUUUGGUUCUUUGGAAGUUUCUUUCUUCUCAAAAGUGGUUUGAUUGGGCUGGAUUUCCUCUAGCUGAUUAUCAAUUUGGUGGUUUUAGAGGAACUGGAAGAAACUUUAGAGGAAGCGUUGCUCAACUAAACGAAAAUUGCACCAACGAUAUUUCAAAAGAUACAGCUGGUAAUGGUGUUGCCAUGAGAGUUUGGCCAUGUGUCAUUUCUGUUUUUCGUUAUCCUCCUCAUGAAAGAAUUGGUAGAUUGAGAGAAGAAGUGAUUGCAAAUGCCAAGUUGACUCACCGUUCAGUUUUGGGAAUCAUUCCUGCCUAUUCUAUUGCAUGGCUAAUGUACCAAUGGAUGAGCGGUUCUCUUUUGAAGCUUUCUUCUUUGGAUAUUAUCAGUGCAGUUUUAUCAGAAACUUCUUUAUUCGAAAAGUAUCUUUCAAGAAAUGGAUUUAAAGAUGGUGAAUUGGGUCAAUAUUCAUUUAUUAUUGAAAGCAUCUUGAAAGAAAUUCAAAAGAGAAAAUUCAACUCUCCAGAUGAAUACAUGAAAAUUGUCAAGACUAAAGUUGUUGAAUAUGCUCCAUUAGUAACCAAAGACAAUAAGCUCAAUGGACCAAGUGAUGGAUUUGCAGUUGCCAGUUGUACCACUGCUCUAUUCCAUUCUAUUAUUCACAAGGAUGAAGAACUUUUAACAAUACUAAAGAAGGCUAUUGAUAUUGGUGGAGAUACUGAUACAGUAGCCUCAAUGGUGGGUGCAAUGGUUGGUGCCUAUAAAGGAGCACAAGGUAUUAGCAUUCCAUUCUAUAUUACUCAGCAAGUGGUUGGUUAUCAAACUUUGUACGAUUUCUUCAAGUUGUUCAUUGAAUGGGCAAAUGGGAGUGCUGUUCCAGAUGCAAAGAAAAUUGCUGGAUUUUUGUAUCGUCAAGAGUUGAAAAUUACAAAAGAGUUGCUUGCUGUUAAGAAUGAACAAAGAACACCUCAUUAUAUGUGCUCUAGACCAGUCAAUGUACUCCAAAAUAUUGUUGAUCAAUUGAAGAAGGAGAGAAGUAUGUUGAGAAAUGUCAGUGAUGAGGAUUUUAUUAGAAAUAUCAUACCAAAGUUUAGUCAACAAAUGAUGUUCUUCAAUGAAUCAGAUCUCAAUCACAUCUAUAACCAAAUAUUCUCAUCAUCAAACAAUGUGCAAUUCUUCAAGCUUGGCAGACAGUUGAAGUAUUAAUAAAAUGAUAGACGUCACAUUCAUAUU